UUCUACAUAUAUGCGUAUUUAAAUAUAUCUGCCUUACUAUAAAAGAUUGAGAUAAUUGAACGAUCCGACGAUCGAAAUACAACUUAUAAUGAACAUUGUUAACAAACAUUAUUACUCUACUCUACUCAAACUCAAACACAACAUCAUUCGAAUUUCUUGCGCAAUGACUAGCAAAGCAAUUGCUAUUCUCUAUGCCGUUGUAAUCUGCAAUGCGAUACAGCGAGGUGGUAGUUUAAUCGGAAAAAAACAUACAUAAGCAUGUUUCUUUGUUGUUUUGCCAAACGAGAAAUACAUAUUUGUUUCUGUACAAAUCGUAACUUUAAGAGUUGAUGAGGGAAUGGUGUUCAAACACUUUUUUAGUUAAUUGAGGUUAUACUCAAUGUAUUAUAUGCUACAGACAAUUAUCCUGAUUAUAAUUUAUUCGUGACACUUGCGUAGGUCAUAUUCCAAGUUAAUUGCGUGUUAUUUAUAAAUAUCGGCUAUCGCGUUGUUCCGUUUCGGUUCAUCGAAUUCCUCGUAAUCGAAAAUUGAAAAUCGUCUGCAAUGAACGUGAGAAAGAAACAUGAAAAAUUAAAAACUGCGAGUCAAGCAGAAAUUCUACGAUCGCAUCAAAGGGACAUUGACUUUGUUAAACACUUACGCGAAAGAGUUAUUGAUGUUUUACAAAUUCUUGGGAAACGAAAGGGUUUGCUACCCUUUAUUCAUUCCGAUAUUCCCUUUAAAUUGAUUUAUUUCUUCUUCACGUCGGGAAUGGGAAACCAAACGCUAGGAGAAGAGUACACAGGAAUAGUGCAAGCUAAUUUAGAAGCUCACAAAGUUCCAUCCCUUUUCGCAAGGGUGUUGGCAGUGAUUUUAGAAUGUUUUGGAGAAAGGGCGUUGUUAAAAUUAUUAAAAAGAUUAGAGGUAUCAGUUAACGAUUCUUGUAGUCAAUUGACUCCCGCUGCUGUGACAUUCUUCAACUCUUUUAUAUCAAAAAUGUACACACUGAUACCCAUUCUAAUAUUAGCGCAUAAAGGAUUAUUUUAUAUAUUUGGUCAGUACUAUAGUCUGGGCAGAAGGAUAGCGCGAAUAGAUUACGCAAAGGUGUACGGUCAUCGACCUAACGACACUAUCAGUUGGGGACUGAGGCUGUUAGGGAUUGCCACGCUUGCACAGUGUUUGUUGAAGUUCUGGCAAAGUAGAAACGAUGAUGAUCAAUCUCAGAGGUGUUUACCAAUCGACGAGAAGCACGGUAAACCGAUGUGUCAGUUGUGUCUGGAGAAGAUGCCGACGACUGCCACACCCUGCGGUCAUUUAUUUUGUUGGUUUUGCCUUACCGAUUGGCUGAAUGCUAAACCGCAAUGUCCUCUGUGUAGAGAGCACGUUCUACCUUCUAGAAUUGUACAUGUGAUGAAUUUGUAAUAUUUUGCUGGAUAUGUAAAAAGACAAAGUUGAAAAACA